UGCGCAAUACACAUUCAGUAUACAACUUCCGUACAUCACAAGAUGGCUAGUGACACUUGGUUGACAGAGUAUGACAGCUGUGCCAGGCUUGGACAAGACCUGAUGGUGAAAAUCAAUGAAAGAAAUAAACACAACCGAACAAGUUCAACAUACACCAAGUUAUCUGCUCAGAUACGGGUGUCUAUGAAGCAGUUCACCAAUGACCUCAACAAGCUGAAGCAGCAACUGAUCCGUGCCUCGUCCUCCUACCAUAUAACUCAGAGAGAAGUAGAGCGUCGCCAAAUGAUGACCGAUAACCUAACAACGAAGGAGAAACAGAUAGAACAAGCAUUCCGUAACGAGGGAGGAGAUUCAAGGUUUUCACUGAUGGGGUCAGCAGGGGACACCUUUGGAAGCAGUGAUCCCUGGGGAAUGAGGGACGAUCCAGAGGAGUACCGAGACAUGUCAAACAAUGACCUCCGCAGUCAACAGCAACAGGUCAUCCAUGAGCAGGACAGAGGUUUGGAUGCCCUCUCCAGUGUUCUGUCCCGACAGAAGCAGAUGGCAGUUGAUAUUGGAGAUGAGGUGGACAGUCAGAAUGCUUUAAUAGACGAUAUCACUAAUCAUACAGACCGGACAGGAGAACGACUGAAGAGAGAGACUAAACACAUCAAAAUAGUAGAUAGGAAAUCCAACGCUUGUUGUUAUUGGGUUGUCAUUGUGCUGCUGUUCGUAGCCAUUAUUGUUGUGGCCGUUAUUCCACAUAAUGGGAAGGGUUAACAAAGGCUUACAUAGAGUGCCUGUCCAUUUUAGUGUUGUGUACGGUCGAGACUAUCUGCAAUGUGUUGAGUUGUCCUUCUCAGGUGUCCUGAGGGACCCUUGAUGUUUAUGAAACUUUCAUUACCAUGGGACCAGGAAAUACUUAUAAGAGACAGUUUAUUUUGUUGAAACCUGCCUGGAGAAGAAUCAGGAAGGAGUAAAUUUAGUUUAGAAUGCAACCAGUCCCCAUUUGAUGCUAAGCAGCAUUGGUGUCAUGUUUAUUUGGACCAUUAUGUUGAAUAUGUAUAUUUCCUUUAUAGACCAUGAUGUCUACACAUGUUGUGCAAUGCUAUGCGAGUUUCCUGGUUUGAUACUUAAUCUCCAGCUAGUAAGUGAUAGGUAUAGGUAUAUAUAUACAGUCUGUAACGUACUGGGUAUAACUACCUAAUAUUGUUACCUGACUACGAGUGAGUGAUAGGUAUAGGUAUAUAUAUAUACAGUCUGAAUCGUACUCGGUAUAACUACCUAAUAUUGUUGCCUGACCACGAGUGAGUGAUAGGUAUAGGUAUAUUUAUAUACAGUCUGUAACGUACUCGGUAUAACUACCUAAUAUAGUUACCUGACCACGAGUGAGUGAUAGGUAUAGGAAUAUAUAUACAGUCUGUAACGUACUCGGUGUAACUACCUAAUAUUGUUCCCUGACCACGAGUAAGUGAUAGGUAUAGGUAUAUAUAUAUACAGUCUGUAACGUACUCGGUAUAACUACCUAAUGUUGUUACCUGACCACGAGUGAGUGAUAGGAAUAGGUAUAUAUAUACAGUCUGUAACGUACUGGGUAUAACUACCUAAUAUUGUUACCUGACCACGGGUGAGUGAUAGGUAUAGGUAUAUAUAUACAGUCUGUAAAGUACUCGGUAUAA